AUGAUUAGCUCAUUACUCAAAUCUAAAUCCAAGGAAAAGCAGGAACUACAGUCUAUUGAAACUAAUGAGCUGUCUGAUUUUGUUCCGGAGCAUUCACCAACCAUUCUAAAUGCUUCGAAUCAUACGAUCGUGGUCUUUCAAGAACGAGGCAUCCUCUACAAUCGACAAGUCUUGGAGCCAGGACAAGCUGUUUCCAUGACCAAAAGGCAGACUGGUGGUCGUAUCCUUUUGCCAUACAAAGUCCAUGCCGUAAUUGGCAAUGAAAAGUGUCUGCCUACUGCCAAAGACAGUCGCAAAAAUCUCAUCAAAGUCACGGCCAUCCCGGCUGCCUUUGUCACGGGGUGCAUGGUGACGGCGGUAUCUGCGGGCAUGCUCAUGGGACCCUCUGCAGCAUUGGCUCCCUUGGUCAGUGGAAUGGUCGUCAACGGUGUGGUGAUCGAUUCGGCAGCAUUGGCAGCGGGUGGUUUGGCGGCCACUCGAGCACAGGCCGUGACGGAUCGUCUGCUCAAGGAACAACCUGACAAGUUUAUGAACAAGACGGAUCGGCUGCGACCAGGAGCUCGAUAUUUGGUCGUGAAAGGUGGGCUUGGUGAUGGAACCGUCACCAUUGAGGAAAUUCCCAAGACUGACUUUGAAGAGAAAUACCCAGAAGUUACCUACAAGCCUCCGCUCACGAAUGCUACGACGACGACGGAAUACUGUUUGUCGGACAGCAUGAAGGAUUCUGAAUUGGAAAGUGAGCAAGUCGAACAGGAAGAGGAGGACAGCAAGAAAGAGCUGGCUCAGAUCGAGAAUUGA